CUACUGGAAGUUCACGUUCUGCUAUCGACCAUGCAAAUCAGCAGCGCUCUUUGGAUUCUCGGCCUUUUGUCGUUAAUCAACGCUGUAUUAAUCCUGCAGUUCUCUGAAGCCUGUUCGGAAAUGCCUGAUAACAAAUUGGACGAGAAGUGGGAAGCUUUAAGAGAGCCUUGGUUGAGAAAGAGAGCGCUGGAAAUCACACAGAAACAAAUGCUCAAUGUUCUAGGACUCACCGAGGUGCCUAGACCGAAUCGACGCGUCAUCCGUCCACAUGCUUUCAUGUUGGACUUGUAUAAAAGACUGUCGCGCGGAGCAAAGCGCAAGACUACAAAACUAGAAACUCGGCAAAGUAUCAACACUGUCCGCGGUGUUGUGGAUCAAGAAAUCUACGACAGGUCAGUUUCACAAUCUCAUCAUCAACUUUACGUGUUUAAUCUAUCUACAAUCCCAAACACUGAUAAAAUCAUCGCAGCUGAGUUGAGGAUUUUGAGGAGACCCGAGGCAACUGAGAACAAUAUCGUAGCAGAGUGCGGGACUGCGUUCAAAGCCGUAAUAACUAUGAAAAACACCGUAAGAAAACCGUACAGUGACACUGGCCUGGUGACAUUGGACUCAUUUUCAUUUGACAUAACCGAUAAUGAAAAAAGAUGGCACGUUUUUACUGUGACCAAAGCUAUUCAGAAGUGGAGGGAAUCUUCGCGGAGUCUUCAUUUUCUGUAUCUUGGCGUGGAGUCAGUCUUAAACGGCAAACCCGUCAGCCCUGUUAAGUUGGGUUUCAGCAAAGAAAAACGAAUCCACAACAAUCGAGCGCUUUUAGUUCUGUUUUCAAACGAUGGAAAGACGUCAAAAUUCUUGUUGAAAGAAAAAGCUGACAAGGUUGGAAAAACGUUUGAAGGCACUUCAGCAAAAACAAGAAAGGAUGAUUGGGGAAAUCAAGUCGAGGUGGAUGGCGAAGCUGAAGAACAUGGCUCUUCUAGAGUCAAACGCUCUACAAAUGUUGAUCAAGUCAUGAGGAAACUAAAUAGUGGUGGCUCGCGACGACGCAAGAGAAAGAACUACUGUCGUCGUAAGCCAUUGUAUGUUGACUUUGAGAAACUUGAUUGGGGCAGUUGGGUCAUCGCGCCGCGCGGUUACAACGCGUACCUCUGUGAGGGACUCUGUCGGUUCCCCCUUGAUAAGUACUUACGACCAAGCAACCAUGCUACGGUGCAAACUAUACUACACACAGUGGAUCGGUCAGUACCACCGGUUUGUUGCGUUCCAAACAAACUCAGUUCUAUUAGUAUGUUAUAUAUUGAUCCAGAGAACAACAUAGUUUAUAAGAAGUAUGAGGACAUGGUAGUGGAUCGUUGUGGAUGUAGCUAGUGGAAGGGGGUACGUACGUACAUGUGUGCGCUUGGCACUCAGUUGUUCAUACGCGACGAUACCGACCAAAGAUGACCCUAAAACACAAACGAAAAGUGCGGAAAGAGCUGUUCUGUUGUGUGACAAAAAGACAAAUGAGCGACUGCUGGGCUUUAUUAUAUCAGGAAACACUCCGUGUCAACAGUCGUAUUGAGGAUCACCUCGCAAGGCGCGCUCUGUUCUGGAGUGUUGAGAAGAGUAUCAUUUGCGCACGUGCCAAAAAGAUCGUCCAGCGUUUCACCUAGUCAACACUCAGCGAUCAAACUUUGAGAAAAACAAUGUUGUUGCUCUGGCUUAUACCUCGUAAUAAUAGUCCCGAUGCUAUCAUCACCUAAUAUCCUAGGGCAAUGGAAACAACGUAUGAUAUCUGAAAAUGCUUUGAAUUGUUUUCGGAAAAUAUCUCGGAGAUUUGACAGCGCGAAACCAAACAAAAUCUCAAGUGUUUACUCUUAACUAAAGCCAGAAGCAGGAGACCUAGAUAAUCGCAUGUAAACUGGAUUGUUCUGCAGCGACCAUCCAACGUCUAUAAUGAGCUCCCUAGACGGUAGAUUAAUUCCUAAUACUUCAGCGCUUAUGCUAUGAUGAAAGGCCGUAGGGGGGAAUAUUGAUACGAACGUUUGCCCCUCACCGUGAUAAAUGAACCGCUUUUUUAAUCGAGUGAUUGACUCAACUUGAAUAUGGCAUUUCUCUAGAGGGAUGAAUGGUUGUGCGUUGGGGAUUAGUGAUUGAUAAGGUGUUUUCAUUUAAUACCUCUUAAUUAUUGGAUACAUGUUUAGAGGGCUUAGCAAAACGACUGAACAAAAAGAACACAAAAAUGCGGCCUCCAAGCCGCCUUUGAGAUACUAAACAUAAAAUCGUUUCAUUAAUGGCAUUUGAAGGUGAUAGUAUCAAAUAGAUUAACAACAAGAUUGACAGUGUAUAAUAUAUACAAAUUAUCAUCAUUAAUUUAUCAGAGUUAUAAAAAAAUUACGAAGUGAAAAUUUGCGAUGGGAAUUGAGGCCGUGAUUCAAUUUCUUGCAUUGGCCGAAGUCGUUUGGUGAUUAGCUGUGAAUAAUGUGCAAAGCUGCCCGAAAAUCUCGAAAUUUUAAUUGAUCAGAGCGGAUCUUUUUAAUACCGCCUCUAUUGAAGCCGUCAAUGAUCAUGUAAAUAGAAUAUGGCUUUAUUUAUUCCUGUAGCUAUUCUUACAUGUAUGUCUAUGCAAUACACAUGGUGUAUAAGUAUUAAAGCCUAUUCUUACACAGGAAACGACUGUCAUUAUGAAUAAGAGCCAUUCACAAUGCCAAGUAUUGUACGAGUCGAGGCAUUUGUAAGACGACUUUGUAAGUUUGGGUGCCACAAUGGCAAGCACAUUGGCCCAUUCUUCGCCGGAUAUUUCAUCAUUUCUAAGUCUUUCCCAUGCAAAUUAGGCAAGAGGAGAUUAUUUUUAUUAAAAAUAUACAAAGAAAUAAACGAAGCUGUCAACUCAUGUCAAAUCUUCUGCCGUUCUAACUCUGCUUUACCAAGGUCAAAAAUCUUAGUAAUUAAUGACUUUUGAGACGCGUUUUACAAGUGAAUGAUGCUUCCGUAUGAAGAGGCAUUCAGUUCGUAGAAUUGUUUUUAGACUGCAGAGUGUCGUAUUAUCAGUCCGUGCUUGCAAGAGUGUUUGAAGUAAUUUACUUAACUCCGCCCUGAUCAAAGUAGUUCAAAGUUCUUUUAAUAGCUGCUCCUACGCAGUGUGCAGCUUCCGUUGGGUAAAAAAUUAAAAGUUAGUUAUCGUGAUAUUUAUAUCAGUAAUGGGGGUAAAUUGCUAUGCAGGCUGUUUAGCCAUGCAAGUACCAGAAGUUCUAGAAGACAAAAAAACUUCUUAAUCCUGCACGCCAGCGAUUUAUUCACACUAGAUUAUAAACUCUAGUUGUAGAACCAAACGAUUUAUAAAGCCUUUGCCAACUUUAGAUCCCAAUUAAACCCAUGAUAUGAUUUCGUUAAUUGAUUUUAUUGAAUGGUUGUACGUCCACAGCAGGGCGCGGAUG